UUGGGAGAGUGCGAGAAAGAGUGCGCGUGUGAGUGUUGAUUUUGUCACAUCGUCAGUCAGAACGGCCUCACCUUGCUGAAGUAGGUGCGAAGACAUUUUGAGAAGUUAACGGAUUCUCCUGUAUACCCUGUACAGUGCACGGAUUUUGCCAUAUCUUGCCGUUUAAGGGAAUUUAACGUGGCCCUGGACUAAUAUUGGGACAGAUCAUGUGGAUAAAUGAGAGCAAGUGAGUGAUGUUUUAAUAACUCCUUUAAGACUUAAGAAGUGGUUGCUGAAAAAUACAUACUGGACAUUAGGCCUGCACAGUAGUCUUUGGAGGCCGCCAAGAAGCUAGCACCAUGCCGGUCACUUUCGGAGAACUCAGCACCCUCACCACUCCGCUUUCAGUGACCCGUUUUUGGGCUUUGUUCUUUGGCUGCCUGACCUUCAGCCUGGCUGCCGUUGUGGACACCUCUUCUAAGGAGUACUUUAACACUCUUCACACCUUUUGCAUGGCCACCUGGUGCUUCUUCUUCAUCCUGACCUUCUUCAUUGUGGCAGUCAAUUUUAUCCAGUUUCACAGCCUACUGCCCUUAUCCUGGAAGAACUUGACCGCAACCGUGGCAGCUUUGGGCAUGCUAAUGACCAUGACAGCCACCUUAGCGUUCCCUUGGAUCUUAGUAGGACAGAGCAAGGCCAAGCCCAGAGAAGUGGCAGCCAGUGUGGGAUCCUUCUUAACCUCCUUGGCGUACAUAGUGGAGCUACAGCUGAUCCGGACGCAGGGCAGCCAGCAGCAGCGGGGCUACAUGGCUAGCGUCCCAGGAUUACUAAAGGUUCUACAGGUUUUUGGUAGCUGUGUGGCCUUGGUUCUCAUAGUGCCUCAAAAAACUGAAGAAGACUGGAGAAUCAGCAUCUCAGCCACAGUCUACAGCCUAAGCCUGGCGGCUUCUUUAGGCACGGUGCUGGUGAUGGUGGGGGACUGUGCUGGACGCUGUCCGGUGCCAUUCGACCGACUGCUGGCUGGAUUCAGCACGCUGGGUGUGCUCUUGUAUAUGAUGGCUACGGUCAUCUGCAUCACCAGAGUGCUGAGCCCCAUACAUGAUAUUGAAUCCUUUGUUCUUAUGAGUGAGACAGUGAUUGCCAGUAUCACUCUGCUGGCCUAUACGGUGGACUUGGCUUUCUCCGUCAAACUGCUGUGUGACAGAAAUUAAGUUGAACAGUGAUUAGAACAAUAACACAGUGUACGGACAAAGAAAAGUGAUAAACAAUGGACGGCAUGGUUUUAUAGUUUGUACUGUGAGUCUGGGGAGAUGGGUCAUUUAUCAUUGAUUAUUAUUAAUGUAAUUAAUAUAAUUAGGAUAAAUUGUUCUUGUGGAAUUGUGUGAACACAUGUAUAAUGAAGCUAAAGAUAUACUGUAAACUCUCAGAAAAGCUAUGAAACUGUCACUGGGACAGGACCCCUCUUUUCACUGGGGUGGUUCCCUCAAGGGUUAUCUCAGUUCCUUCAGUCAGGGAACAUAAUUGCAACUGAAAUGAUAUUUU